AUGGCAUCCACAAACACCUUUUCGGACUUCAAAUUGGCCUCUGAGCUUCCAGCCUGGGCUAAAUUGCAACAAAUCUUUGACAACAAGGGCAAGACGCUAAACGUCAAGGAAGAAUUCUCCAAGGACAGCAAGCGUUACGCUAAAUGGUCCAAGACUUUUAAGAACUACGAUGGUUCUGAGAUUCUGUUUGACUUUUCCAAGAACUUGGUGGACGAUGAAAUUUUGGCUGCUUUGAUCGAAUUGGCCAAGCAGGCUAAGGUGACCGACUUGAGAGACGCUAUGUUCAAAGGUGAACACAUCAACUUCACUGAAGACCGUGCUGUGUUCCACGUUGCCUUGAGAAACAGAUCCAACAAGCCAAUGUACGUUGACGGCAAGAAUGUGGCUCCUGAAGUGGACGCUGUGUUGCAGCACAUGAAGGAAUUCUCGGAGCAAGUGCGUUCCGGUGAAUGGAAAGGUUACACCGGCAAGAAGAUCACCGAUGUUGUCAACAUCGGUAUCGGUGGCUCCGACUUGGGUCCUGUAAUGGUCACUGAGUCUCUAAAACACUACGCUGGCGACCUAAAGGCUCACUUCGUUUCCAAUAUCGACGGUACUCACAUUGCUGAGACCUUGAAGUUGUGCGACCCAGAGACCACCUUGUUUUUGAUUGCCUCUAAGACUUUUACGACUGCCGAGACCAUCACAAACGCUACCACUGCCAAGAACUGGUUCUUGGCCAACACUAACGGUGACUCUAAGAACAUUGCUAAGCAUUUCGCCGCUUUGUCUACCAAUGCUGAGGAAGUGUCCAAGUUUGGCAUUGACACCAAGAACAUGUUUGGCUUUGACAGCUGGGUUGGUGGACGUUACUCCGUGUGGUCCGCUAUCGGUCUUUCCGUCGCUUUGUACAUUGGCUUCGACAACUUCGACGCCUUCUUGAAGGGUGCCGAGGCCGUCGACAAGCACUUCGUCGAAACUCCUAUUGAAGACAACAUCCCAUUGUUGGGUGGUCUAUUGUCGGUGUGGUACAACAACUUUUACGACGCUCAAACCCACUUGGUGUCUCCUUUCGACCAAUACUUGCACAGAUUCCCAGCCUACUUGCAACAACUUUCUAUGGAAUCUAACGGUAAGAGCGUAACUCGCGGUAACGUUUUCACCAACUACUCCACCGGUUCGAUUUUGUUCGGUGAACCAGCCACCAAUGCUCAACACUCCUUCUUCCAAUUGGUUCACCAAGGUACCAAGGUUAUUCCAGCUGACUUCAUCCUUGCUGCUCAAUCUCACAACCCUCUAGAGAACAACUUGCACCAAAAGAUGUUGGCAUCCAACUUCUUCGCUCAAGCCGAAGCUUUGAUGGUCGGAAAGGACGAAGCUCAAGUCGAAGCUGAAGGCGCCACUGGCGGUCUAGUUCCACACAAAGUCUUCUCUGGUAACAGACCAACCACCUCUAUCUUGGCUCAAAAGAUCACUCCUGCGGCUCUAGGUGCUUUGAUUGCGUACUACGAGCAUUUGACUUUCACCGAGGGUGCCAUCUGGAACAUCAACUCUUUCGACCAAUGGGGUGUUGAGCUCGGAAAAGUCUUGGCCAAGGCUAUUGGCAAGGAAUUGGAGGGCUCCGAAAAAGUUGCAGCCCACGAUGCUUCCACCAAUGGUCUCAUCAACCAAUUCAAGACCUGGUUGUAA